AUGAGUUCAGGUGACAAUGGUGGAAAUUUAAAAAAAUCCGCAUCCACAUCAAUAUCAUUUAGUAGUAGUAGUAAUGGUAUUAAUAAAAAUCAAGAGGAAGAAUUUUUUGAAGAUGUUGAUUUAGAAUCUUCAUCUUCGACUCAAAAAGAAAGUAAUAAUGGUAAAAUAAUUAAAAAUAAAAAUAAAAAUAAUAAUGAUAAUGAUAAAACAUGGAAAUACGCUACUACAUCAAGAAAUAGCAGCACCAUGACACCAGCAGCACCAUUAAAAGUACAGUUACCACCUGCAACAUUUUAUUUCGAUGAGUCGAUGCAACAAACUAGAUCACAAUCAAUUAGUAAUGGUAGUAGUAGUAGUAGUAAUAAUAAUGGAAUACCAAAUUCAACAUCAUACUCAUAUGAUCUUAAUGAAAAAGCACAUUCAGAUUUUGUAAGAAAAUCAUCAUCACCAAUUGGUUCACCUUCUUCAUCACCUUUAAAACCACCAUUAGGAAAUAUUAACAAUAAUGGAAGAAGACAAACCUUAUUAAGUAAAGUUAAAUAUAUAUUUAAAGAUAAUAAUAAUUAUAAUAAUAAUAAUAACAACAACAACAACAAUAAUAAUAAUAACAAUAAUAAUAAUAAUAAUAAUAAUAAUAAUAAUAAUAAUAAUAAAUUAGAAGAAACAACAGAGGAUACUAUUGUACCAUUUAAAAAUAAAUUUUCAAUUAAUAUUUUAGAAAUAUUCGAGUUACCAGAAUUUGAGAGAUUAGUAUCAGAACAACCAUAUGUUUGUGCAUAUAGAAGAAAGGUUUCAAAAGCUGGUAAAUUAUUCAUUACAAAUAAUUAUUUUUGUUUUUAUAGUUUAAUUUUUAAUAAGGAAAUUAAAAAAUAUUCAGAUUUUAAAAAUGUAUUAUCAAUUAAAAGAGUAUCAUCAGUUAUUUUAGGGCAUUCUAUAGAGAUUACAACAUCUUAUAAGAAAUAUGUUUUUGGAAUGUUUGAAGAUGUUGAAUCUGCAUAUCAAGCAUUAAUUUAUCAACAUAAACUAUCAGUUCAAAGUCCAAGAUUAACAUCAGUUUCAACUAGUAAUACUAAUAAUAAUAAUAAUAAUAAUAAUAAUAAUAAUAAUAAUAAUAAUGGUAAGAAAUUAACAUUUAAUGGUGAACCAAGUAGCUUUGAGAAAAAGAGAAAUCGUUUCUUUAGUGUUUCUGUUCAAUCACCUUCGAAAUCAAUAUUAAAAGAAUCAAAUCAUCCAAUCAUUAUAAAUAAUAAUUAUAAUAAUAGUGGUUCUUAUACUGCUCCUUCAACUCCAAGUAUAGUAUCGACACCAACAACAACUGAAGUUACAACUCCACCACCAAUUAUUAAUACUACAAAAAAUACAACAACUACAAAUACUUCACCAUCAUUACCAAUUCCAAAGAAUAAUAAUAACAAAAACAAUAACAACGGAAUAGAAGACGAUAAAAUUUCAUCAUCACCACCAAAGAUACCACCAUUACAAUUAUCAACAUCACCAAGUAAGAAUUUGAAUAUUGUUCAUCAAGAAUCUAGAUUGAAACCAGAGACUAGAAGUAGAAGUGGUUCAUUACCAUCAUUUGGUGGUAGUGGAAGUGGUGGCAGUGGUGGUGGUGGUGGUAAAACAUUAAGAAAGAAUAAAACAAAUAAUUUAAAUUAUCUUUUAUCACCUUUAAAAGAUAAAGAUUCAAAGAUUGUAUUGGCUGCAGAGGAAGAUCAAGAUUCUAUUAAUAGUGAUAAUAAUAAUAAUAAUACAACAGCAACAAACUCUCAAACUACUACUACUAAUAGUGGUAAUGGGAGUACACCAGCAUCAACCCCAACUACAACUUCAAAUUCACCUUAUUCUAAUUCACCACCAAGAUCCUAUUCAACCAAUCAAUUUUCAAUUAAUCAACAAUCAAAUAAUAAUAACAAUAAUAAUAAUAAUGGUGUUGCAUCAAGAAAACCAAGUAGAGAAACUCAUAAAUCAAUUGCAUUUGGUCAAAAUAUUUUAAUAUCUUUAUUUAGUUCAAAAGAAUCAUCAAAUCAAUCAACACCAAUUUCAUCACCACGUUUUACAAGUGAAAAUGGUGCUAAUAAUGUAACAAUUGGAUUUGAUACAAAUAAUAAUAAUGGUAAUAAUAAUAAUGAUAAUAUUGAAGUACCAGUCUCACCUAGAGAAAGAUCAAAUACAACAGCAUUGGUUUUUAAACCAUUAUUUAAAACAAGUAAAAAAUCAACAGUUGAUACAAAUAAAGAAGCAGCAGCAUCAACAUUAAGUAAAAUGUUAACAACUAGAAAUGCAAGGGGUGAUGUACAACAAUAUUGUUUCAAAGAGGAUGUAUUUGGUAUACCCUUAGAAUCAAUGCGAUUAUUAGGUGAUUCACCUUAUCCUGUUUUCUUACAUCAUCUAAUAACUCAUUUAGAAUCAACUAAAGAAUCAAUUGAAAUUAUUUAUAAUAUAAAUAAUUCAACUUCUACCUCAACAAAUAAUAGUAAAAUUUGCAGCAGCGGCAGCGAAUCAAAUAGUAACAAUAAUACAAAUACAAAUAAUUGUAAUAAUAAUGUAAAUAAUAAUAAUAAUAUUAAUAAUAUUAAUAAUAUUCAAACAUCAAAUAUAAGAAAUAGUAUAACUAUACCAGAUUUAAAUAUUGGUACAGAUAAUAACAAUCAAACAUCAAAUAUAAGAAAUAGUGGAAAUAUACAACCACCACCACCACUACCACUACCACUACCACUACCACUACCACCACAAUCACAACCACAACCAAUUGUUAUGACAACAACAAUUAUUGAACCAUCAUCACCAAGAAAUAGAAUAACAAUUGAAUCAUUAAUUAAAUUAGUUACUAGAGGAAAAGAGGAUGCAUAUAAAAAUUUGAAUGAAAUGGUAGAACCACAAGUAUUGGGUGAAUUAUUAAUUCAUUUCUUUAAAGUAUUACCAAAUUCAAUUUUACCAGAUGUAUUACUUUCUGAAACUAUUAAUAAGAUUAUCGAUGAAAAUGAUGAAAGAUAUAAAUUAUCAUUUGUACGUUCAAUAAUAUUCUCACAACCACAAAUUCAUUGGACAGUUUUAAAAUCAUUAUUAUCACAUCUUUGUAAAUUAAUUCAAAUUGAAAUUGGUAUUGAAAAUAAUAAUAAUAGUAAUAAUAAUAGUAAUAAUAGUAAUAAUAGUAAUAAUAAUAGUAAUAAUAAUAGUAAUAAUAAUAAUAAUAUUGAUACAAUGGAUAAAAAUGAAAAUGAAAAUCAUAAUAAUAGUUUUGAUAUUAAUUUAAUUGAAUCUCUAAGUUAUGAAGACCAAGAGAAAUUAGAAAUUAUUCAACAUAAAAUUUCAAAUAUUUUUGGUCCAAUAUUAUUUAAAAUUAAUAAUGAUGCUAGUAUUCAACAAUAUGAUAAUGCAAUUUUAAUUACAUUUUUUAUAAUUAAAAAUUUAAAGAAAAUAUUUGAUAUUAACGAAAAAGAUCAAUCAAAUUAUAUAAUUAAAAAAGGUAAUCAAGUUGUAAAGAAUGUUACAGUUAAUCAAAUUUUAUUGAAAUUGAUGGAUUAUUAUUAUAAGGAUGAUACAUUUAUUGAAAUUGUAAAUUUAUGUCAUAAUGAUUAUUUCUUAUCUACUGAAUCAUACAUUCAGUCAUUGAUAUCAAUAUAUAGUCAAGAGAAACAUUAUGAAAAUUUAUAUAAUAUUCAAUUAGAGUUUAGAAUGAAAAUUAGAGAGAGAUGUUUAUUUUUAAUUAGAUCAUUAAUUGAAUUUAAACCAAUGUUUUGGAAUCAAAUUGAAGAAUGUAAUUCAUCAGUUGAAUUAAUUCAAGAUUUUACUGAAAAAUAUUUUGAACAACCAAUUCAAAUUAAUAAUAAUAAUAAUAAUAAUAAUAAUAGUAAUAAUAAUAGCAAUAACAAUAAUAAUAAUGGUAGAAAUUAUUUUCAACCAUUACCAAAUGAAGAAUUUAAAUAUUUUCAAUUUUUUAGUGAUUUUUGUAAAAGAGUAUCACAAACUUAUAAUCAAUAUUAUUAUGAUAAUAUUGGUGGAUUUAGUGGAACUGGUACACCAACUGCUUUAUCUUCACCAUCAACUCCAACAUUAUCAAGUGGUUUACCACCUCCAUUCCCUUCAUCUUCUUCAUCACCUUUAAUUUCAAAUUCUUCACCAUUAUCUUCUGUAAACAAUACACCAACAACAUCAGUAUCAAUAUUAACAACAACAACAAAUAAUAAUAGUAAUAAUAAUAUUAAUAGUAAUAAUAAUAAUAAUUCAGUACCACAAACAUUAUCACCAUCAUUAUCACAAAAUCCAAUGGGAAUUAGUUCAGAUUCAUUAUUAAUGCAACGUCAAUUACAUAAUUUUAUACUUGGUGGAUCAAGAACAACAUCAUCAUUAUCAUUGAAUGGUGGUGGUGGUGAGAAUUCUACAUCAAAGAAAUUUAAUUUUUGUGAUAUUGAUAGUACACAAGCAGCUAUUCAAAUUACAUUAAUUGAUGAGAAAGCAUUUAGAAUGAUACCAAUUUUUGAAUUAUUGAAAAAGAAAUUCGUUAGACCUGAUCUUUCACCAAACUUUCAAUCUAUGGUACAACUAUUCAAUAGAUGGAGUUCUUGGGUUGGUUCAGAGAUUUUAAAUUGUACAACACCAGCAUCACGUGCACUUGUAAUUGAAAAAUUCAUAGAGAUUGCUUUCAUACUUUUAAAUUUAAAAAAUUUCCAUUGUUGUUAUGCUAUCACUCAAGGAAUUUAUCAUUAUGCAAUUAAAAGAUUAUAUUUAACUUGGGAUAAAAUUUCAAAGAAAUCAAUGAAUCAAUUUGAAGAAUUACAAAAGAUUUUCUCAACUGAAUCAAAUCAUAAAAAUUAUAGAGAAGUUUUAAAUUCAUCUUCACCACCUUUAAUUCCAUAUUUAGGUUUAUAUACAAAAGAUUUAUUAGUUAUUGAAGAUUCAAAUCCAACUUUAAUUAUAAAUAAUAAUAAUAAUGAUAAAUCAAAUAAUAAAUCAAAUAAUUUAGAUAAUAAUGAUAAUAAUAAUAAUAAUGAUGAUGAUGAUGAUGAUGAAGAAUAUAAAUCAACACAAUUAAUUAAUUUUGAAAAAUUAAGAUCAAUUCAUUUAAUUAUAAAGAAUUUAAGAUUAUAUCGUUCAAAUCCUUAUCCAAUGCCUUCAAAUGUUGCAUUACGUGAUAAAAUCUUAUCAAGACCAAUCUUAAAUGAUGAUGAAAUGUUUGAUAAAUCUUUAUUAUUAGAACCAAGAAGACAAACUGGUUUACCAUUACCAAAUAUGAAAAAUCAACAAAUUAUUAAUAAUUAUAAUCAACACCAACAACAACAACAACAAAAGGAUCAAUAA